GUACAUAGUUUUUUUCGGAAUUGCUCCAAGUCAAUAAAAUUUAAAUCAUGAGCUCCCGUUUUAUAGCCGAAGGUGGUACGCCUAUAUCACCAGAACUAGCAACGGAACUUCGUCAAUUAGUUUUCGGCACUUCCUCCAUACCCAUGCGUGCCGAGUGGACACAAACUCCCUUCACAUUUGGCCCAGCCAAAGAAGAACUCUCCUAUGGACUGCGUUCACCACGCAAUGCUACGCGUGGCAUGCUGUCUGUUGUGCAAGGUUUCAUACUGAAAUAUCUGCUCUUUGCACGCCGUGGACGCAAUAAUCAAGACCCUUUGGUUUGUACACAGGAAAUGCAAACGAAUGCGCUCAUUAAUGCUUUGGUGGAAAUUCUACGUAUAAUAUCCGAUAAGGGCAAAGUGACUAUGGUUUUGCCGUCGCCAGAUGAAGAGGUUUUCAUUGAACACAGUGUGACUUUCUUUCAUGAUUCGGUGACUGAGAAGCUAUAUGUAUUCACACUAUCACCACAUGAUGAGCUGGAGUUUUUCAUUAAGCGUCACCUGAAAUUGUUUACAGAAGAGGAUUCACCUGGCACACUGCUAUUCUUAUAUAGCGCUGUUUUGACGCGUUCUAUGAGCAAAAUUCGCAAUGAUCUGGACUCCAAUAGUAAAGCAGUUCCACUGACAAUGCCCAAUAAUGAGGAAGGCUCUUUGAUGAUCGUCACUUUACUUUUGACGGGUCGCGCUACGCCUUAUUUGCAUAACGGUGUGGUGAAUGUUGGCGAUGAGAAUACUUAUGCAAUCCCACAAUAUGGCAUACUUAGCCGCUGUACCAUCGGAUUUUUGCUUUGGGAUAAUGAGAACUCACAGCCUUCCGUGGCCGCCGCCCGCCAACCCGGUUCACGUCUCAAAACGCCCAACUAUCCAAUUUGGAUUACCAGCUGUUGUGGUCACUUUGGUGUGGCUUUCAAUCGGAAUCCGGAACUUUUACGAAAUUAUCACGCCGAAUCGCGGUUUGAUUUGAAUUAUUACAGCUGCUCUGGCCACAAUGUUUUCAUGACUAUCGACAAUCGUGUUUACAACGAGCAGGCGACUGGCAUGUUGGAGCGUCAGGCGACCACGGAGGGCACUUCAUCCAUAUCGGGCGGUGGUGGGCGUAGAGAUGACGAGGCAGGUGGUAUUGUGGGCGGUGGUGGUGGUGGUGGUGGUGACAAUACCGAUCUGUUGGCACGUGAGGAAUUGACAAUGAAUACGCCGUUACAACGUUUAAUACACACUAAAUGGGAGGAGGCGCACAUACGUUUCAAUGUUCAGCCAUCCAUGUUGAGUUAUCUAUUUUGCACAACACCAUAAACGACACCGCUCUCUCUCUCUAUAACGAGGACCAGUGAGGAUGUUAGCGCGCAUUCAUAUUGCAUUUCACUACAUAUGUAUGCGGGUGUUUUUUUUAUCGAAGGCAAGCGAAUUGUAACUGUUAUGUCGAUUUCAUAAAUCGUUUGGAAUGCAAUGAAGUGUGCUCGGACGUGCAGCUGUGCUUUUCAAUGCAAUAUUUUUCGACGCCUGCAAAACGCAUUUUCACAACGCAAAAUCAACAAAAUGGAAAUAGAGUAAAUUCGUUCUUCUUCUGCUACUGACGGCUUUAACAUAAGUAGAAAAAUAUAAUAUUUUUGUUAAAUAGAAAAUAUUUUUGCACUUCAAGCUUUGAGGGUGAAUAGUAUAGAAAUAGGAAAAUGUAUAAAUAAAAA